UUUUUUCUGUUUUCAGCAAGAGCUUGUUGAUAAUAUUGAAAAAUUCAAAGAAUCUUUCAAUUCAAAAGAAACUCAAGAAAAAAUACUUUUAGAAUGCCAAAAAGCUGAAACAAAUUUCAUGGAAAAAAUUUUAAAACAUGUAAAUGAACAACUAAAUAUACCAAAAAUUGUAAAAGAUGGUGAACAAAAUGUUUUAAAAAUUAAACAAUUGGAAACAAAAAUUGGAGAGUUGACUUGUAGUAAUGCAGCUGUAACUGUAGCUCGUUGUUUUACUUAUCAAGUAUUUCUAAUUUUUAAAUUAACAGAAAAUCGGAAGAGCCGAAUACGCGUAUUUGUAUAUCUCUUUUGGGGUUGA